AUGACGAUAGCAGCAUUUUUCGGCAUCACCUGUUAUAACGUUCUGGAGAUUAUGGUCUCCAUUUUCAUGACCUUUAAGCGUUACCGAGGAUUAUACUUUUGGAGCAUGCUCGUGGCCACCUUAGGCAUCUUACUCCAUGCUAUUGCGGUCCUACUCCGCUUUUUCGCACUUGCCCCUAGCUUCCCUAUGGCUGUACUAAUUGUCGUCGGCUGGUACGCCAUGGUCACAGGCCAAUCCGUCGUACUUUAUUCCCGGCUGCACCUUGUCGUCAGCGACUACCGUCGGUACCGAUGGGUGUUGUAUAUGAUCAUCAUCAAUUUUUGCGUAUUACACAUUCCGGUGUCCAUCCUCUUCUUUGGCAGCGGUCUAGGCCAUUCAAAUUUCCUCGGCCCGUUCAAUGUCUAUGAGGAUAUCCAGCUUGCUGGCUUCUCUAUCCAGGAGAUCAUUAUCUCUGGGUUGUAUAUCUGGGAAGCUUCUCGGGCACUCAAACCGGCUCUCACGCGCGAGGAACGAAGUGGCUAUAAUGUCAUGAAACAUUUGAUACUCGUCAAUAUCAUUGCCAUCCUUAUGGAUGCUUCGCUCCUUGCGACCCAAUAUACCAACAAUUUCGAAAUACAAACAACGUAUAAGACCGUCGUCUACAGCGUUAAGCUGAAGAUGGAAUUCAGCGUGCUGAACCAACUGGUCGCCUUUUUGAUGAGAAAUCACUACAUAAACGAAUAUGACAGCCAGCAGACUUGUCUGGAGCCAAACAGAGGUGGAAUGGAGGUUUUUCUCACACCCUAUCGUCGCUUCGAUCCGGCAAAACAACCCCGACGCUCGGCUUGCAGCCUGCCGACAAAGAUCCGCCAGCUGGGAGGCGCGAACCGCGAGCUGGGGAUGAGCUCCGCCGUACUCGGGUCCGGCUGGGCGACACGCGCAGCGAUAGCGGUCGAUUCCAGACAAAGUCCCGUGGGCUUCAGAGUGAGCUUGACGCCAGCUCACACCGAGCCAGUCGGCUAG